AUGCCCUAUGGCGACGGUAUUUUGGAGUCACCAGCUGAUCGAUAUGGAAAAACGACGUUGUGCAUGCGUAAUGCGAAACGUUUGUUCAAAUGUGCGGCAUACAUGGUCUACUUUGUUGGCGUCUUGGUUUUUGCCGUUGCCAGCAAAGGAUCCUUUCUUCUUAUGACACAAAGUUUAGGGAAUCGAUUACAAGAAAAACAAUAUGCAAGUCGUUGGUCAAUGAUGUUAGUUGCUACAAUAUGUGUGCCAUAUGUAUUUCUGUUUCUCGAAGCACUUGCCAAAAGUCUGUUUCGUAAUCGUCGUGGUCCUGUAUUCACCGAUCUAAUCACGAUCUUUCUUUUGGAAAGUAUUCAUACAUUUGGUGUUUGCUUACUCGUAUUUCGUGUCCUACCAAGUUGUGAUGUCAUACGUGGUCUCUUAUUGAUGAACGCUGUUUGCACAAUUCCAGCAUUUUGUAAAUUAACAUUGUCGAAAAGUAAUUCCAAACCAAUGUUGCGCUUUCUAUCAUUAUUUAUCGAUUUGGCUGCUUUUGUUGCUCAAUGUUCGGUCUACUUUGUUGUUACAAGCACGCAAUACACAGCAUUUCUGAGUAAACCAUUGACAACGACAACAACACCCGCAACUGCCGUUGAUGAGCCAUCAGCAUUAGAUUCUCUCGACGCGAUUAAUACAGCAGUGAGUAAUUCAAUUAAAUCGACAUCGGACACUCUGGAACAGGUACGAUUACGUUUCGGUUGGGAAGCGCCUGUUGCUCUAUUUUGCGUAUCAAUCGUUUGGUGGGAAAAUUAUGUUGACCGUGAUAUUAAAUUAGGCAAAUUGAACAUUCCGUUAGGUACAUAUAAACGACAUUUACAGUCAGUACGAUCAAAGGCAAACAUUGGUGCAUCAAUUUGGAAAAUAGCUCUUACCGUGGCAUUCAGUUACCUUCUUCUACCAAGAGAACACUUUGAUAAUGUGUUCGUAUCAGUAGGCAGUAGUCCAACUUCAAAUCUGCCUGUGGAAUCAUCGGUACAUUCGGGUGCUGAUUUUAAUAACUUCGAUGCUGGAUCAAAUCAAUUCGAUAUGAGCAAUUCGGAGAUACCCGUCCGACAUAAACGUCAAAUGCCAUUUCCUACUGAUGGUAACAAUACAUUGUUGGGCAGAAUAGGUGGUCAAGAAUCCAUGGGUUUAUUUCCCAAUGGAGAUGAAGAUCCUGGAAUGAUCGCUGAUCCAUUCGAUUUUCAACCGGACAAGGAGAAAACGAUCGAUGACUAUUGGCAUUCAUUUGGACCAUUUGUACCGAUGAUUAUACAUUUUUUCUCAACGGGCCUAUGUUAUUACUUUUCGAAAUCAGCUUGUAAAAUGCAAAUGCAACGUAUGGCUUUUGCAGUACCACUGACAUUAGCAACGCCCGUUACAUUAGCAAUCAUGAUUGGUCUAUGUCAGUGGAAGACAGAUCAAAUCGUCUUCAUUCGUGAAAUCAUGUAUUGGGAAUGCAGUGAGAGUUUAAGUACAAGUAGGAUAACAUGGCAUAUCAUUGUCGGUCUUGGCCUUUGGUAUCUAUCCCAACUAUGGAUAACGUCACAUAUAUGGUUUCCGGAAAAUAAGCGUUUAGCGACAACAGAAACGUUGUUUGUUCUUCCUCAGUAUGACAGUUCGUUGAUUGAACAAUCUCUCCUGUUAAAUCGCCGUCGGAAUGAACCAGAACAUCAGAAAAAUAAACUCGAAGAACAUUUCGAAGAUCUGGAUAUAAUUGACGGCAUGGCUGAAUUUUCUGGUGAUGAAAAAUUAGAAAGUAAUACAAAGAUUUACCUUUGUGGAACUCUCUGGCAUGAAACAGUCAGUGAAAUGAUCUUAAUGUUAAAAUCGAUCAUGAGAAUGGAUAUUGAUCAAAGUGCACGAAGGCAAGCAAGAUAUGAAUUUCAAGUGAUCGAUCCGGAUUAUUACGACAUGGAAGCGCAUGUUUUUUUCGAUGAUGCAUUCUAUCAUGACGAAAAUCAACAGCGCACAUUGAACAUGUUUGUGAAAGAUUUCUUUGAAGCAAUCAACAAAGCUGCGGGAAUUGUUCAUGAUGUUGAAGGAAUGAAAUUGGCACCGCCACAGAAAACAGCAACACCCUAUGGCGGUCGUUUGUCAUGGCGAUUACCAGGUGGGAAUUUGCUUGUUGUUCACCUGAAAGAUAAACUCAAAGUUAGCAAGAAGAAACGAUGGAGUAUGGUAAUGUAUAUGUAUUAUUUACUUGGCUAUCGUAUUCUUGGUCAAUGUGAACAACGAAUGAAAUCUUUGAUGAAAUUAAUUGAAGAGUCGCCCGAUAAACGAAACUAUCGUCGGCAUUUCGAUCAAAAUGAAGACUUACACGUUUAUUACAAAGACGUUCUUGGACCACGUUUGUUACUUGAGGCUGAAAAUACAUUUAUUCUGUCCGUUGAUGGCGAUGUGGAUUUCGGCCCAGAUUCUGUUCGAAUGUUAACAGAUCGAAUGAAAAAGGACAAACGAGUUGGGGCAGUCAGUAGCCGAAUUCACCCCAUCGGUAGCGGCCCACUGAUUUGGUAUCAGAAAAUGGAAUAUGCUAUGUGCUACUGGUUACAAAAGACCACUGAACAUAGUCUUGGAUGUGUCCUAUGUGCUCCUGGUUGUUUUGCAUUGUAUCGCGCUUCAGCUCUCAUGGACGAUAACGUUAUGAAAGUUUUUGCUGGUCAAUGUGAAACACCUCAAGAUUAUCUUCUUCAAGAUUUAGGCGAAGAUCGCUUUCUUAGCAAACUUUUAAUUGAGCAGGGUUAUCGAAUUGAGUAUUGUGCAGCAGCUGACGCUUAUACACAUGCACCAGAGACAUUUACAGAUUUUUUCAACCAACGCCGUCGUUGGAUACCAUCGACACUCGGCAUUACCAUAUCGAUCUUGAAAAACUAUCGUCGUACCAUUCGAGUCAAUGAAAGUGUUUCAUUCUUAGCUGUUCUUUACCAUGUCUUUUAUCUUGGAUUAUAUAUCUUAAGUCCGGCGACAAUCACUAUUGCUAUAGCCGAUGCAUUCAAUGCUACGACUGAUAUUGACGUAUGGGCUGCGUAUACAUUGGCUUGUUUUCCAGCGAUUGCUUUUCUGAUGAUUUGUUAUCAUGAUAUAGCAGAAGAGAAGAAAAUUAUUUGUGCUGCAAUCUUCGGCACCUAUUAUGCAAUUGUUAUGAUGAUUGUCGUCGUUGGGACUAUUGUGAGGAUUGUCGAUGGUUCAUGGAAAACAACAGCUGUGUUUUUUCUACUAUUUAUGGGAAUAAUCUUCCUUUUUACCGCAAUUUGCCAUCCAUAUGAACUGAAUUGUGUACAACCAUGUUUGCUCUUCUUUCUCUGUGUUCCGACGUCAUACGUUCUUUUGGUUAUCUAUGCUUUAACGAAUUUGAAUGCGAACUCUUGGGGUACACGUGAAGACAUAUUCAUACCGAAUCGUAAGAAGAAACAGAAAUUUAAAAGUCAAGCGGAGUGUUUACAAUUUCUCGAACAACAAUUUGCCAAUGCAAAAAAUUCCAAUGAACUUCUAGCUGUUGUCGAGAACUUAAUCGAUGAAUGCUACGCACAACGGACAGAAUCGAGUGAUCAACUCUUAGCACAAAUCACUGCUGUUUUGAAUCGCAUCAACAUGUUCGAUGAUCUUGACAAACGUUUGAACAAAGGUUUAGAUCUACAUGGUCUCGGUCUAGAAGAACUUGUUGAAGAACAAGAAAAGCAUUUAAGCCAAAAUCCCAAUGUCGAUCCGAAGUCUCAUGAACAACUGAUGAAUAAAUACGAUGAUCGAUUGCAUCCCUACUGGUUCGAUCAUCAACUAGUGAAAUAUGCGGACGUGAAAUAUUUAAACGAGAACGAAUUUACCUUUUGGAGACGUUUGAUACAGAAAUAUCUCAAACCAGUUCACAUGGAUGCAUUAGAGAAGCAAAAACUGCAAUUGGGCUUGAACGAUCUGCGGGAUCAAGGUGUGUUCGGAUUCUUCAUGGUUGACGCACUAUGGGUCGCUUUCGUCUUUUCGGUGCUACUGGCACAGAAUCGUUUGAAAGAUAUGCUCUUCAUUCCUGUACCUAUACCAAGUUCAUACAAUGAUCACGCCAUGAUUGAGCCAUUGGGCGUUAUGCUGAUAUUGUUCUUCGGUAUUAUAUGUUUAAUUCAAUUCGUCGCUAUGCUUUGUCAUCGUUACAAUACGUUUCAACACAUCUUGGCAUCGACAAAACUUCGUUCGAGCAAAUUUGAAGGCGUGAGAAUCGAAGAUAUUAUGGAUAUUGUGAAGAUACUUCAACAGAUUAAACCAAUCGAUGAAGAAAAUGAACCGUUGCCGGAUUACAGCGAUGGUGAAUUGGAUAAAAACGAUAAUCAACCUAAUGGAAUGAGAGGUGAUGAUGAUGAACAAUCACAAGGUGGAUCGGGUGAUGAAGAUGUUUUCAUCCAAGCAGCUGCAGUUGCUGAUGGAUUUAACAAUGAUACAGUUGCAGGAAAAUAUCAAAUUGUAGAUGAAGGUGGACCUACUAGUAGAAAGAUUCGUCAUCGUAUAAGCCGACAUCAUCACGGUAAACCUACGAGUGAUGAUCGUCAUCAUCGUAAAGGUAUCGAUAAUCCUUCAUAUCAACAUGAUGAAGGUCAACAUGGAAUUGAACGUAUAACAUCGCCUAAACGUGGUCGAAAAACACGUUCAGACGCGAGUCCAACGAAAAAAACGCGCAGCUCAAAAAAUCGCACGAACAGCAAACUUCCCCAUAUGAAUUCUCAUAUACGUUCCUCUCAACAAAAAGAUAUGUCAAUGCUAACCACAACACAAGCAGCUGGUGCAUCUGCUAUGCACCGUUCAUCAUCUCGUCACCAGCGGCGAACAAAUUACAACAAGAAUCGACCCAAGGAGAACUCGCUCGAUGCUAAUUUUCGUCGCCGAGUAGAACAACUAAAAGAAGCGACUAGUUCAGCCGAACUCGAUAUGAAGCUAUUAGAAAAAAAGAUGGCCAAAGUUAUAUUCAAUGUGAACGGUGUUCCAGUUGGACCUAAUGUUUUAUAA